AUCAAUCCGACGGUUCGUGAAGACGGCACUAUUGAGUAUGGAGAGCACCCCAGUGAUGCCUGCGGAGCACCACGGAUUCCCCUCGCUAUGUGGGGAGGAUCAUCAAUGCACGUGGUGUAGUAUGUAUAAGCGUCGGUACUACACUGGAGCGUAGCGCUCAUCCUUGUCGGUGUGGGAGUGUCGACUACACUUGAGUCUUUUGUUUCGCUGUCCUGUUUUCUCGUUCUCUACCCGCUUGCUCUCAUAAUCAUUUCUCGACCAGCAGCCUGCAAUUUAUUCCAUUUCCGAAGUAGAGUUCACCGGAUAUUGCAGGGUAAAGCACAGCAUGGCAGAAAAGUACGAAGACGAGUCGGCGCGACAUGACUUCGCUGCCGCUCCAAAUCUGGAAAGACUGGACACAGUCGAGCCGGCGAAAGAGGACAAUCCCAAUGGCUCAGAUCUCGAACUUGGACCGCGAGCGACCUACAUCCCCACUGGCGCCGCGGCUCACCUCUCACAAGAGCACCGAGACUAUCUCAUGCAACGCCAUGGCACACUUGAACUUUCACCUUUACCCUCUGCAGAUCCGGCUGACCCUUACAAUUGGCCUGAGUGGAAGAAACUUGCCAAUCUCAUCUGUGUAGCCUUCCACGCCAUGAUGACAACCUUCAUCGCCGCUGCCAUUAUCCCAGCCUACGAGAACAUCAGCCUUGACCUUGGCGUCACCAUUCAACAGGCCUCUUACCUGACCAGUCUCCAGAUCGCAGUCCUAGGUUUUGCGCCACUCCUCUGGAAGCCUUUAUCAAACCGCUAUGGGCGCCGGCCAAUCUGGCUCAUUAGCACCAUCGGUGCCCUCCUGUUCAACGUCGGCUGUGCGCUUAGCCACACGUACACUGCGAUGUGCGUGUGCCGCGCUUUCUGCUCGUUUUUCAUCAGCCCGGCUAUUGCCAUUGGCAGUGGUGUCGUGACGGAGACCUUUUUCAAGAGCCAGCGCGGCAACUACAUGGGUAUCUGGACGCUGAUGGUGACCCUUGGCCCACCCGGGGGCCCGUUUAUCAUGGGCUUUGUGGCCCAACAGACGGGUAACUACAGGUGGAUCUACUGGGUGAUGGCCAUAAUCAACGGCGUCCAAUUCAUCGCUUACCUGUUCCUCGGACCAGAGACUCGCUACGUGCGCCAAGGUGUACAUCAUCAAGGCUCUGCGUUUAAACAAGAGUACUUGACGUUUGGCCGUCUGGACCCGAACCCUUUCAGCGCGUGGGAGUUUGUGCAGCCUUUCGUCCUGUUCAAGUAUGCUUCCGUGUUCGUGCCGACAGUCGCUUACACCAUCGUCUUCGGAUUCUGCAGUGUUCUCUUGACGGUAGAGAUCCCGCAGCUGUUCGUACCAAAGUUUGGCUUCAACGCACAAGAGAUCGGUCUGCAAUUUCUAGGCAUCAUCAUUGGGUCGCUCAUUGGCGAGCAACUCGGCGGCAGACUCAGCGAUCUCUGGAUGAACCGCCGCGCAAAGCAGAUUGGCAAGAGGCCGCAGCCGGAGUACAGGUUGUGGCUGAGCUAUGCCGGGUUCUUGCUGGCUAUGGUGGGUUUGCUGGUUUUUGGUAUCCGAGAAGAGCAGGCACCACAGGGCCAUUGGAACGUCACGCCUAUUGUUGGUAUCGCCAUCUCUGCAGUUGGGAACCAAAUAGUUACAACCGUCCUCGUGACCUACGCCGUGGAUUGCCACAUCGAGCACGCGGCCUCAAUCGGCGUAUUCGUCAACGUAGUCAGGAGUACAUGGGGUUUCAUCGGACCAUUCUGGUUCCCAGACAUGCUUGCAAGUGUUAGAGGAUCGGGCAGUGGUGGCAUUAUGGCUGGACUGAUCUUUGUCGUGAGCUGGAUCCCCACCAUGGUGAUUCAAUGGCGGGGCCAGCGCUGGAGAGAGCAUAAGGCAGCGGUCAGUGGGAAGGAGACCGAAGGGCAAGUCGCACCGCGGUAGUCAGCGCUCGUUGUAUAGAUGCGCCCAAGAAGGUUGCAAAGACAGUGUGGUGCAUUGCCUUCCGGUGCUUCUCCAGUGAACCUCAGGCAAUGUCCUUGAUACAUUGUAGGGUCGGUCGCUCCUCAUUCAACAAACGGGC